AUGCCGCUUGUAAAGAUCGACGUGAUCAAGAACGUCCGUACGCUGGGAGAGAUCCAGCAUCUAGCAGACGUGAUUCAAACAGUAUUGUUGAAUACGUUCGCAGCUCCUCCUCGAGACCGAUACCAAAUUAUAACCCAACAUGAACCCUAUGAGAUGAUCUUCGAAGAUACUGGGCUGUCCAUUCCACGUACCGAAAAGCUGGUUCUCAUCCAGAUUUUCCAGCAGGGAAGAAGCACGGAGCAGAAACAAGCUUUCUAUGCGGCAUUGGCUGAGCGACUGGGAAAAGAGUGCUGCGUUCCAAAGACGGACUUGGUAGUCACUGUUUCCGCAAACACGAAAGAUGAUUGGAGUUUUGGGCUCGGGAGAGCGCAGUUCGUGACUGGAGACUUGUAG